AUGUCUAUGCACACCUCUCUCCGUCGCUCCGCGGCCACGAUAUCCAGCUCAACAUCCACUAUCCUCCCUACCCGGCUGCCAGCUUCUCAACUCAAGACUACAACCUUUGUCUGCUCGCAAUGCCGUCACGCCACACUUCUCCGCCGUCCUAAGCGGCCCUACACUUUCACCCAGCUCGUCACCCUCUCCGACGGCAGCGCCUUCACCCACCGCACCACCUCACCCGCCCCCGUCUACCGUUCCACGCGUGACACUCGCAACUCCCUCCUCUGGAACCCGUCUAGCAGCAAGCUGAUGAAUGUCGAGGAGGAUGAGGCCGGACGUCUGGCCGCUUUCCGUGCGCGUUUCGGUCGUAGCUGGGAUGCUAAUGCCCCAGUCGCCGAGUCUACGCCCACCGGGGAUGUGAAGAAGGACGCCGCCACUAAGAAGGCCGAACAAGAGGCUGCUCAGGCCCAGGCUAAGGCGGAUCAAGAGGAGGAAGAUAAUCUGUUGGAUUUGAUCAGCUCGUUUGGCCAGGAGGAGCCUCAAGUUUCGGGAAAGAAGAAGAAAUAA